UCAGUGUGUGAAUACAAGUCAGCCAGCUGACGUACCAGUGAGGAAGAGAGGGGAAGUGUGUGAGGGUUGUGCAGYGUGUGUGUGUGUGAGUGUGACAGAGAAAGGGCAGUUUCACUCUUGGUGCAGGGAGGAAAGCCAGGCAGCCAGUGCAGUGUUCAACAUCCUGAUCCUGCACCCCUCCUCUGCUUCUCUGAGGACUAUACGACUGCUGGGGAUCAGCCUUUGGACUAUUCCGACACUUCCUCCUCUACUUGCCUUUGACGGGAACACACCUGCGUGUGUGUGUGAGCCGAGACAACGGACUUGGCCCUUGUGAACAGGGCGGGUGUGGAUGACUUCACUGGAUGAGGGCUUGGCCGGUGAAACGAGGGCGAGUGCUGAACAUGGGCUCCCCUCUCUAGUUAUUGGGGACGGUGAGAAGGAGCGGGUUUGUCCGGUCAUCAUGUGCACCCGGACCUCUCCGGCUCCGGUUCCUGACUUCCAGUUGUUCCCUGGAGAGGUGGGGGAGCCUGAGGAGGGCGUGGCAGAGCAGGGCAGGGAGAGGGAAUCGGACCGAGACAGCGCCGCGGAAAGCUCCCAGGGGUCGGACACCUCUGAGGGUCCCGCCAGACUGGGGGAAAAGGAAGACGAGCUGGGAGACCUUUUUUUCCCUGGAGAGAAGCGUGCUCAGACAAGUAUCUCUGUGACCUCUGACCUGUCAACACGCUCCUCAGCUUCUCUGAACGAGGAGCAGUUUGAGGACUACGGAGAGGGGGAGGAACCAGAUUACGCGGCCAGCAGCCCCUCACCAGACGACGAAACUCGAACCAACGGCUACUCUGACCUCGGCUCGUCUGUGCCGUCAAGUGCGGGUCAGACACCUCGUAAAGUGCGCCACCAAUACGCUGCAGAUCUCAUGGAUGUCUACUGCUCUCAGUGCAGCAAAAAGGUCAACCUGCUCAACGACCUGGAGGCUCGCCUCAAACACCUCAGGGCUAGCAGCCCCAGCAGAAAAAUCUCCAGCACAGCUUUUGGAAGGCAGCUGCUCCACCACAGCAACCUGAGCAGCAGAAACGGCAGCACUGAAGACCUUUUUCGAGACAGCAUCGACUCCUGCGACACCGACCUCAACGAGAAGGUGAGUUUUCUGGAAAAAAAAGUGGCUGAACUCGAGAAUGAAAUUCAGAUCAAUUCUGAUCUGAAGUCCAAACUGAAGCAGGACAACACACAACUAGUUCACAGGGUUAAUGAGCUGGAGGAGCAGCUGAAGGACCAGGAAACUCGUUCAGACCAAACUCUGCAGGAGGAGUUGAGACGACACAGAGAGGCCUACAGCAAGAUGGAGCGAGACAAGAACACACAGAUAGAACUACUGAACGUUCGAGUCAAACAUCUGGAGGAGGAGAACAGCGGGAUGUCUCUGAGCAUGAACCGACUCAAGUCGCAGACAGAAAAACUGGAUGAGGAGAAACAAAGGAUGACAGACAAGCUGGAAGACACAAGUCUGAGGCUGAAGGAUGAGAUGGACCUCUACAAGAAAAUGAUGGAUAAACUGAAACAGAACCGGCAACAGUACCAGAAAGACAAGGACGCCAUGCAGGAGCUGAUCGAGGACCUCCGUCGAGAGCUGGAACACCUGCAGCUCUACAAGCUGGAGGCUGAGAAGCCUGGCCGGACCCGCAGCUCUUCCUCUGGGCUUGCAGACUUCAGCAGCAGGACCAGGGAGGUGGAGCUCGAGCACGAGGUCAAGAGGCUCAAACAGGAGAAUCAGAAGCUGAAGGAGCAGAACGAUGAGCUGAACGGUCAGAUCAUCAGCCUCAGUUUGUUUGAGGCCAAGAACCUGUUUGCCACACAAACCAAGGCUCAGUCUUUAGCUGCUGAGAUCGAUAACGCCUCCAAAGACCAGUUAAUGGAAGCUCUGAAGGAGCAGGAGGAAAUCAACUUACGCCUGCGACAGUACAUGGAUAAAAUCAUCCUGUCCAUCCUGGACCACAACCCGUCCAUUCUGGAGAUAAAGACCUAGCAGUGGCUGAACUGGAGUGAUCCUGGUUGUUCCAGUUUCCUGUGACCUGAGCUAAGACUCUGCACUCGAGGAAAACGGGCAUUCAGGCUCGGUUUUUAAAUAAAUGGACGUGUUUUGCUCACGGCUGUUUGUAUUCAGAGCUUUUUUGCGUCAAACUAAAAGGGACAUUUCUCAGCAAGCGAACGCUUACUUAUUGAUGGUUAUGCAAAUGUGACUGGUUUGUUUCAGUCUGCACUGUUUUUAUCUUCUGCUGCUGCUGUGAUUUACUGUUAUCGUCUGUUUUGUCUCGCUAUGAGUCUUUAAUUUAUGUGACCCAGAAACUAAUCUGAGCCCAAGGUGCUUGUACGAUUGGCACAAUCACUCGAUGUAGAACACUGGACGGUUACUGGAUCCUGAUGGGAUGGCAGGUGCGAGACGGACAUGAAGGCAGACUUUUUGCCCGACCUGUUCAUGGAUCUCGUCAGAGCACGGAACCACUAACUUGGAAAAGCAAGUUUUCAUUAAAAAGACUGGGACAAGAGGCAGAAGUGAAGAAAAAGAAAGCGGGUACGAGAAUUUUUCAAAGCAAACGCAAAAGAAAGUGUUGGUUAAUGUUGGACCCAGUAUGUUGAGAGAGUAUUUUUGUCAAGUCAGUAAAAGUAUGCUGAAGAAAAAUAUUUUUUAAACUUGAAAACAUGUCUUCCGGGAAACCUUCAAAAUGCACAUGAGGUCUCACAAUUCAAAAAGAAUGUUUUUUUUUCCCAUUGAUGAGUUGAUUGAGAGGAGAAGCUGAAGCAGAAACCAUGGAGUGUCUUUAAACUGGAACUUCUGUGGCUGCUAAUGCAAGCAGAGCCUGAUCUUAAAAAGCUUCCCAGUUUCUAGUAAUAAUAGACCCAAACAAUGUUGCACAGAAACAUUUAAAUAUGAAUGUACAAGAUGGAUUCAUGUUGGGGUGACGCAGCCAUUGUAAAAUGACUCAGCAAUCUGUCUGUCUUUGCUUCACAUACAGAGCCUCCAUGUGUUGUGAACAGAAAUCUGAUGUGAGGUGGUAGGAAUCAGGUUCCUCAGUUUAAUAAACUGUACACAUGGAUUCACAA